CACAAACACAAUUUGUCAUGAUGUCCAUUGACUAGUGCGUUUGCUCGCGUAAAAUAUAAACUACACACGUCCACAGUGCGAGUGUGUUGGUACUCACAUAAGUGUUGUGUCAACGCAUCAAAAAAAAAAAGUACAAUAAAAAGACAUAUUAUCUCAUCGCGGUUGUUAGCUCGCCGUCAUUGGAGCUAGUUAGUAUCAAUUGAAAUCAAAUAUAGUUUAUAAUUAAAGUAGUGUACAAAGUGUAUGUUUUCGAUAAAAUAACCGUGCCUCGAUUAUUCAAAUAUUGAACCUUCAGAGUUUAGAACCAGUUAAAUAGGAUUUACUUAAUAGAUAACAAUGGGUAACGUUCAUACUUGCGGUCCAAACGAAGCUCUCGUAGUAUCAGGAGGAUGUUGUGGCUCGAUGAAAAAACGAACGAUCGUGGGAGGUUACGCUUUUUGCUGGUGGUUCGUAACGGAUGUCCAGCGUUUGUCCUUGGAGGUGAUGACUCUUAACCCAGUAUGUGAGAGCGUUGAAACAGCCCAGGGUGUGCCGCUGACCGUCACCGGGGUCGCUCAGUGUAAAAUAAUGAAAGCCGACGAAUUGUUAUCCACCGCCAGUGAACAGUUUCUCGGAAAAAGUACUCACGAAAUAAAGUCAACUAUUCUAUCAACUCUCGAGGGCCAUCUCCGAGCCAUCCUCGGUACACUGUCCGUCGAAGAAGUCUACAAAGAUCGCGACCAGUUCGCUGCACUGGUACGCGAAGUUGCGGCACCAGACGUCGGACGUAUGGGAAUUGAAAUAUUGUCGUUUACUAUAAAAGACGUUUACGAUGACGUUCAAUAUUUAGCGUCACUUGGUAAAGCUCAGACGGCAGCUGUGAAACGUGAUGCUGACAUCGGUGUCGCUGAAGCGAACCGUGACGCCGGGAUUCGGGAAGCGGAAUGUGAGAAAACAGCAAUGGACAUAAAAUAUAAUACGGAUUCAAAAAUAGAAGACAACGCUCGUCUUUACCAGUUACAGAAAGCUAAUUUUGAUCAAGAAGUCAAUACAGCUAAAGCCGAAGCUCAACUUGCGUAUGAGCUACAAGCAGCUAAAAUAAAGCAGAAAAUAAGGAAUGAGGAAAUUCAAAUCGAGGUUGUUGAAAGACAUAAGAUGAUUGAAGUCGAAGAACAAGAAGUUCGUCGUAAGGAACACGAGUUGAAGAGUACGGUCCGAUUACCCGCUGAAGCUGAGCAUUAUAAAAUGACAACUGUUGCUGAGGGAAAGAGAACGCAAACCGUCGAAAAUGCCAAGGCGGAAGCUGAAAAAAUAAGACUAAUUGGUGAGUCCGAAGCUAAAACACUAGACAUCAUUGGUACCGCGGAAGCUGAGAGAAUGCGUUUGAAAGCACAAGUUUAUAAAAAAUAUAACGAAGCUGCAAUAUUAAAUAUUGCUCUCAAUGCAAUGCCCAAGAUUGCCGCUGAAGUAGCAGCUCCGCUAGCAAGAACAGAGGAAAUUGUAUUGCUCGGCGGUAAUGACGGCGUAACUAAUGAACUGACUCGUCUAGUUGGACAAGUACCCCCAGCAGUACAAGCCCUUACUGGAGUCGACCUUUCAAAAGUUUUAGGGAAAAUUCCCGGGGCUAAAUAAUUCGGUAAUUGUUUAAUCAUAAAUUAUUUAAAAACCAACUGUCCUUUAAAAAAUCUACGUCAAAUUUGAAAAAAAUAAAUUACUAUUAUUAUUAUUAUUAUAUAAUACUCUUGAUAAAAAAUUGGAAGCAAGAAAUUCUUGUGUAAAUUUGAAGCUGCUUAAAGCAGGAGCAAAAAUAAUAAAUUUAUUUCAUUGACUUCUACCUCAAAAAUUUUGACGUGGAUAUCAGAUUGUUUCACAUCUUUAUCACGCGCACAUUUUUCAUUUAUACGAUGGUCUUUUUUUUCUACUAAUUACUUUAUUCACCUCACUCAAUUUAGGCCUCUAAUUGAACUCAAUGAGCAAUAACAACAAUAGUGACCUAAAAUAUUUACUAUUUUUUUUAUAAAACUUUUAUUUUUGUUGAUCAAAUUUACAAUUUACAUUCCGUAUUUUUAUUAUUUUAUUGCACUCAACUUUUACAAUUUUAAAAUAUAUUGAAUAAUUAAUUAAUUAAUUAAUUACGUUUCGACCAUUGUGUUCAGCGUGUGUAAAUGAUAAAGUUAAAGUAAAUAUUAACACGUUUUUAAAAAACGUUCAUUUAUUGAUAGUCAUUUGAUACCAGCGAAAAAAAUUAUUAUCGUUCAUUUUCUUUUAUUAAUUAUGUUUUUAAUGAGACUGAUGUUAAAUAUGCUUGAAUUUUUAUAUGAUCAUACAAAUUUUUAAAAUUAUUUAUCUGCUUGCUAACAAAAUUUUGUAUUUUUAAUUACAAAGUCGCUAAAAAAAUUUAUGUAACCUACGCGCGAAAAAUAUGAACCCGGUAGGUUCUGAUUGGUCGUGACUAUGAUUUUAUUUAUUUUAAAUCACCAUCAAAACUAAAUGGGCGGAGUAAAUCCCCACUCUUCUUCUUUGAAAUCCUAUAAGUAUGCGCAGUGAACCGUUUAUUGAUGUCUGCGCACGUUUUUUUAAAAUUGCCAGUUUGGUACCAACUUGAAAAAAUAAAACGACCUUUUUUUCGUGCAUUCAUUACAUAACCUAUUGUAUUUAUGUAGAGAUAUGAAUACUCUAGGCGUCAAGUUGGCGACAGAAGUGAAUUGAGCCACGGAUGUAUAAAAAAAUAAUUAGAAAGCUAUAAUCUUAAAAAUUUAAUUGGAAUAAUUUAAAAAGUACAAAUAUAAUCAUUGAUUGUCUUCCUAAGAAAUAUUAGAAAUUUGAUUAAAUUAAAAAAAAUAUUAGUUGCUUGAUUAAGUAAAAUGAUUGAUCGUAUAAAAAUUUCAUUAAAUUUUUCUUCUGUUAAUUUGAAACGAUAAUAAUUUUUUUUUGGUACUGACUAAUUGCUUAGCUAAUGAUUAAAUGCGUGUCGAAAAAUGAUAAUUAAAAUUUAGUUGAUAUUUAAAACUUAUAAAUAAUUGAGAAAUAAAUUCAAUCAAAGUAAUUAUACAAUAAUUGUAUUAUUAAUUAGUUAAUUGAUUAUAACUAUUAUUAUUAUUUAAAAUAAGUUUAACUGAUAAAAAGGAUCUUACCAUUAAAUUUAAGUUUUUAUACUCAAAACUUGAACAAACGUAAAAUUUGAAAUAGAAAUGAGAUAACUUGAAUUUAAAAUACUCUAGCUUUUGUUUAUUUAAUAAAAAUAUGUUCGAUUUAUUAAAAAUAAAAUAUAAUAAUAAUUUGCGUGCAAGUGUUAGUAUUAAAUAUAAAUAAAAUGAAUUUCUAAUGUAUGAAUGUAAAUAUUAUAUUAUUUACAUAAAUAUAUAUAAAUAUUAUUUAUAAAUAAUUAAUGUGCCAGCAAUUAUAUUAUUUAUUAACAUAAAUAUAUAUUUAUUAUUUGUUUUAUUUAUUGCAAUACCAAUGAUUGUCUUUUAAGAGUGAUUUUAAUUAAUCUCAUUUAAAUAUAUUUAUUAAAAAUUGCACUUACAAUACCAUAAGCACCGAUUUCAGUUUUAUAUGAUGUUCCGAUAAAAUAUUUUAUGUCCUACCAAAGAUUAUAGAUAUAAUAUUUUUUGUAACACAUGCUCGAAAAGUAUUCUGUUAUGUAUUCGCAGCGCAGUCGGUAAUAAAGAUACUAAUUCAUCCAGAAAAUGUCACGCAUGUAAAAUACUCCCUGAUAGCCAAGAUGGCGUCAAACUAACAGCCGCAACUAGACACCAAGUUGGCCGCAAAAGUUGGUCGACACUUUGAGAAAGUUGGUGGCAAAAUUUGGCAAUCCAUAAGUUGACGGAAAGUUGCCUUCAAUUUUCUCAUAAACCUGCUUUCGAAUUGCGGCUCUUCCCUGGUGUCAACUUUCUCAGAAAGUUGGUGGUAAUCUGUAGCCAAAAGUUGCAAAAGCUAGAGUUGUUGUCAAGUUGGUCGCAAAAUAAUGAAUACCAACUUUUUGACGAGCAACUCGUGCUAUCAGGGUAGAAAUACAUUAACGAAAAAUAUUUUCCGCACAGGCAGCAGCGCCAUCUUACAGAAUCUCUGAGCAUUACUUACAAAAAUUAUUAUAUAUAUAAAUUUAUCUAGUGCGUUGUCUGCAUUCAAAUGUUGGUAUACUUGUCUACGGACAUCUGUACCAACCUUCAUUCUGAUGUCUUAUUCUUACUAAUUCGCACUAGAUGUAUAAAACACUAUAUUGUAAAAUUUGAAAUUUGAAAAAAAUUGACCAAGCUUAUAUCGAUACAAUGCCAACUUUAAAUAAUUGAAUAAUAAAUGCUGAGAAUUGUAAUUAAUAAAAAUAAAUUGGCUCUCUUAGAGUGAUUCAAAUCUUUUGUAAGCGGCAAUAUUUAAAAAAAAUUAUAUAUAUUUUGGAAUCCGUACGGAAAAAUGUUUUCGAUAGAUAGAUUAUAAUUAUUUACAUGUAAUUAUUAUUUAUAAUUGUAACUGUACUUUUAAUUGAUCUGAAAGUAAUUAUAUAGAUGUGAAAAUAACUGGAUAUUUUUAAUAAAUGGAACAUCAAAAA